CCACCUUUACAAUUCCCUCCUUUCCUCCUCAGAAAACUCUCACAACAGCAAGUGUCAGAACCUCUGAGCUCACAACAGCAAGAGAAAACAAAAAAAGAAACCCAUCAUUUCCAUCCUUCACCCCCAAAACUCCGUAACACUCACUUCACCUUCUUCCCUCUCCCAAUCGCCAUUCACACUUCAUUUAUUUCCUUCAACCUAAAUAUAUAGCUUCUCCUCUCUCUCUUUUACCAGUCAAGCAAGCUCCCAGGAGAGCUCCAAAACCUUGUCUUCCUUUUUUCCAUCACAAAAUCUCCACUCCCCCAUAAACCCUAGAAAGAACCCCAUUUCCCCACCUCCAUCUCUCUUUCUCUCUCACUAUCUCCAUUUCCCUCUGAAUCUUCUAAAAAACAGAGCCCACAAGCACCAUUUUUUUUUUUGUUCUGCACAGAACCAAGAAGAAGAAGAGAAAAAAUCCCCUUUCUCUGUCUCUGUCACUCUGUCUCAGACUGAAAAAUCGGAUGGCUCAAAGCUAGUUCCUUUAUUUUGCACCAUUAGAAAGAAAAAAGAGAGGGGAUAGGUAGCUUUGAAUGUGACUUUGAAUGGGUUGCGGGCUAUCACAGCUAGCUGCCAAAUUUGCCUUCUUCCCACCAACUCCACCAACGUACCAGAUCAAGAAGAAGGAAGGUGGUGGUGGGAAUGGGAGAGAUAAGCUAACAGUAGUCUCCACUUCCCCUUCUCCUUCACUUCCUCUGCCUCUUCCCGACGACAAUUCCUUAGAUGUGCUGUUGAUCGACACCAAACGGGGCAACAAGAUCGUUGCUUUCUACCUCAGGAACCCAUAUGCAAGGCUCACUCUGCUUUACUCCCAUGGCAAUGCUGCUGACCUUGGUCAGCUCUACGACCUCUUUGUCCAGCUCAAGGUCAACCUCAGAGUUAAUCUCAUCGGAUACGAUUAUUCUGGCUAUGGAGCCUCCACUGGCAAGCCAAGUGAAUCCAACACGUAUGCUGACAUAGAAGCAGUGUAUCAGUGCCUCGAGACGGAGUAUGGAGUUAGUCAGGAAGACCUGAUUUUAUACGGACAAUCUGUUGGUAGUGGACCGACAUUGCACCUGGCAGCCAAGCUCCCAAGGCUGAGAGGGAUAGUCUUGCACAGCGCCAUUCUUUCCGGUUUACGUGUGCUCUGCCAUGUGAACUUUGCGUUUUGCUUUGACAUAUACAGGAACAUCAACAAAAUUCAGGCUGUGAAAUGUCCUGUGCUAGUGAUACACGGCACGGAGGAUGAUGUAGUGAACUGGUUACACGGGGACGGACUGUGGAAACUGGCAAGGGAACCAUAUGAACCUUUAUGGAUUAAAGGGGGCGGACAUUGUAACUUGGAGCUAUACCCUGAUUACAUCCGCCAUCUUUGCAGGUUCAUACACGAAAUGGAGAACAUGAAUACAAAACUACGUCUCAAAAGAAUACGUCAGCACCUCCACCUAAAACCCAAGUCAUCAACCCGCCACCGCUGCUGUAGGUUUAGACUCUGGCGCCCGAGAUGCCCAAAAUGUUUUACUCCCACGUGCAUAAAAUGUCGCUGCUGCAACAUCAGAUGCGGCAUGGGAGGGUGUUGGAAAUGCUGCUGCCCUAUGCAAUGUUGUUGGAAGCCGCGUUCCAGAUGCCGUUCGACUAAAUGCUCGACACCCUGCUGCUUCCGGUGGCAGUGCUGCUGCUGCUGCGGGGACAGCAGAACGACCGUUGGAAUUAAUGGAAAGCAGGAUGGAUGAUGAUGAAUUGAUAAUGUUUAUGGUAGGUUCUGGGUAUGCUUGUAUAGAUGAUUUGAUGAUUCUACUAACCUAGGAGAAUAGUCAAUUGAAUAACAAGCUUCUUCUGGGUUGGGGAAUGAGGUAAGAUGUAACUUAUGUCAAUGAUUGGUUAAGCCAAAAAAGGGGUUAAUGGUAUUUUUAGUCUUCAG